AUGCAGCGUGAAAAACUUGAAGAGCAGAAAAACAUCUUGCGUCAAAUCGCUAAAGCUAGCGAUUCGAUCCGCAGAAAGCAUCGAAUGAUAAAAUUGGGUAAAGAGAAUGUCGAGCAUGCGAUGAGUGAGGUGUUCAAACCGGUAGUGACUCCACUGCAGAAACUGGUGAACGUAUUUCAAACAGAGCAUAAUACUAUAAAAGAUAAGAUUAAAGAUGAAAUCAAAGAUGAAAUGAAGCAUAAUGUAGGAAUGAAUGAUACGUUUGAAACAACAAAUGAAUCCUUUCAUACGCUCAAAAAUGAUUCCACUAUCGGGGAAAUCAGUGAUAUUCAAGAUGAUGAUAUUGAUGAUGAUGAUGAUGACGAUGAUGACGGUGAUGAUGGAUACAAGAAUGAUAUGGAUUUACCCGUUAAUCAAAACGAUUCGAUGCAACGAAAGCAUCGAAUGAUAAAAUUGGGUAAAGAGAAUGUCGAGCAUGCGAUGAGUGAGGUGUUCAAACCGGUAGUGACUCCACUGCAGAAACUGGUGAACGUAUUUCAAACAGAGCAUAAUACUAUAAAAGAUAAGAUUAAAGAUGAAAUCAAAGAUGAAAUAAAACAUAAUGUAGGAAUUAAUGAUACGUUUGAAACAACGAAUGAAUCCUUUAAUACGCUCAAAAAUGAUUCCACUAUUGGGGAAAUCAGUGAUAUUCAAGAUGAUGAUGAUGAUGAUAAUGAUGAUGAUUAUGAUGGUGAUGAUGGACACAAGAAUGAUGUGGAUUUACCCGUUAAUCAAAAUGAUUCGAUGCAACGGUAUCUUAGUAUGCUGCUAUCGAGGCAGAAUAAACAAUUGGAUACUACCUAUGGUGUGCGUAAACUUUCCAAGAAGAAGUUGAUGGUUGGAGAUUCACCUAUAAGUUUUGAGGGUGAUCAAAUCCAUAUAGGCGAUACCAGUUAUCCGAAAACUAACAGUUUGAUCGAACUCUUGUUUAGGAAGAUACCUAACGAGAAUCAUUCCUCUGUAACGGACAAAGGUAUCAUACCACGGUACAUGAUCGGUGCUAAGGACAGACUAACGGAUUACGUGUACUGGGACGAUCCUAAUGAAUUAGUAGACCGUCUUCGUUUGCUUCUUGCGUCACAGGAAGCAG